AUGGGAUACCCGCUUCCUUUUGGAUUGAGGGGGUUCUGUAGUGGAGUGGAACCUGAAGAUGAUCAGUGGUUGGGUCGCGUUGAGAUCAAAAAAGGGCGCAAGUACAUGUGUUUAGCUGAUAGAUCGCUGGCGCUGGGAGAUUCUGGGGAGAGUAUCCGUGCGAGAUCUCGACAAGGAACCCUACCGAGCAUUUUGGAUGGAUCACCUUUGCCCGACAGUGCCACCGCACGCAGAAAGUUUUCCGUCACACUGGGAGAGAGAAUUGUCUGGCAGUUGUUCGCGAUUGAUUGCGAUGCCUCAAAGCCUUGCGUUGUCAUAACAAUCGCCACAGCCAUCAAUCAUACCAUGGAAGCAGAGAACAAGAGUUUUGAAUGUGAUGACUCUCAAGGGAUCAAGGCUUCUGGUCGCAGUCGCGCAGGAGACAGAGAAGAAGCAUCUACAGUUGAAAGAAGUGAAACUCAGAAGCAAGGCAUGAGAAGGAGCAUUUUUAAAAGAAUAGGAUUGAGGGAAGUGGCCAAUAGAUCUACUCGCCGUCUUAAGCUUACCGGAUCGUCCUCAACCUGGGCUUCAGCUUCGUUUCGUUUCCGGAUCCGCGACGCCCCUCAUGCAAUCUUAUAUGCGUGCGCGAAUAUAUUUCCUUACACCGUAAUGAUGGACCGUCUCAACCAGAUCAAUGGAUCGGCCCAAGCUGUGUCACUAAUGUGCGUGGCCCUAUGUGGCACAGCAGCCGACGGGUCCUUAUCCGCUCGCAUGCAUUUGGGCGUAGGAACUAAUGCUCUACUGCGUCUUUGCUUCCAAUCACCGAGCUCGAGUGGGAGGGUCAGGUUGAAGUCCGGUCCUGCUGGCAGUCUGGGAAUAGAGAAAGUGGCUAGCUAUCAGAGUGGAUCUUUCAAGAGAUUGUUUUGCCACCCCCGGUUGGUCAUCUCUCGAGAUCAUAGUCCCAGUCCCCUAAGCUGGGGUUUGUUUGGUUGCCAUGGAAUACGCGUUGUGGAUGAAUCUGUGUCGUGUAGCAUGAACACUACCACUUCCGACAGGCAUGCUGUAGCAGAGAGAGUUGCAGUGCGCCCAUUCAUGGUCCGCUCUGAGAUCCGACCUGGCUGGCCGGCGGGGCAGACGCUGUCACCAGAUAGUAGCCAGCACGCCAGGCACCAUAUCGGAAUAUCCCGAGGACAUUUGUCAUGGUUGUCAUGGUAUUAG